AUGAUGAAGCACACAAUUAUCUUGAUCAUUCUUGCAUCUUUGUGGACUUGUUAUGAUGCAAUAGACACACUGAAACCAGGGGACACUCUCAAUUCCACAAGUUCCUUGGUAUCAGCAUUAGGCAAGUUCACUUUGAAUUUCAUUACAAAACCUGUCGGCAAUUCGGAAAUGAGCUUUCUUGCUAUCCUGCGCAUCAAAACUGAAGCAAACAAAGCAUGGAUUGCGAACCCACACUCACCUGUUUUAUCCUCUUCAUCCCCACUUCUUACCUUGGACUUCAAUAACACAUUGAAAAUUACUCACCGAAAUGGACACCCUUUUAUCCUUUCUGCUCCAAACACUACUAGUAUUACUAGUGUUGUGGCUACCCUUUUGGAUUCCGGCAAUUUUGUCCUUCAAGAAGUGAGCCCUGUCAAUGGAUCCACGAUCCAAAUCUUGUGGCAAAGUUUUGAUUAUCCAAUGGACACAUUUUUACCAGGCAUGAAAUUGGGUGUUGACCAUAUAAAUGAGCACGUUUGGUCUCUUUUAUCAUGGGGGUCUAGCGACAACCCUGUGUUGUCGGGGCCUUUCAGCCUUGAUUGGGAUACCAAUGCACACCAAUUGAAAAUUAAGAAAAGUGGGGUUAUUUUUUGGACUUGCGGGGUCUUUGCAGAGGGGAGAUUCGAAUAUAUUAAGCAGAGGUACAAUUUUAGCAUCGUUUCAAAUCAAAACGAAGACUACCUCACUUAUACUAGUCUAGAUGAUCCAAAUGAUCCUGAGCCAGAAUGGGUGCUAUACACCAGAGGUGCACUUUAUGAGUAUGGUGCCCAAGUUGAUAUUAUACGAGCACAAAACUGUGAUGGCUAUAACACUGUCGGAGGGUGUGUGAGAAGGGACCGCCCAAGCGAUUGUGUUGGGAAAUUAGGUGAUGAUUUUGAGAUUAAAAAAGGUAACUUCACGAUCAUCAAUUCUGCUAAUGCUUCGAGACCUGCGAACUGGAUUGGUACUGGUAGCGAAGAUUGUAAAGUUACUUGUUGGCAAAACUGUGACUGCCUUGGAUUCGACUUUCCAUUUGGAAAUCAGACUACUGGUGCAGGAUGCCGAUUUUGGAGUGUGGACUGUGCAUUCAUUGAAGACCUCAGUACUGCAACUCAUAGUUUUGUUGUGCCAAACUCAGUAACGCUGCCACCAAAAUCACCAGAUUCACCACCUCGCGGAAAGAUUAGCAAGAACGGGACAAAGAUUCAGAAAAUAUUGCUUAAGUUCAUGAAAUCUGAAAGACCUACUGAUCAUGUUAUUGCGAUUGAAAAUGAUCAUGGAAAUAUUAGACACCCUGAUUUAAGCGUAUUUACCUAUGAAUCUGUCUUGGCUGCCACAAGCAACUUCUCUGAAGCAAACAAGCUCGGCCAAGGGGGCUUUGGUCCUGUUUAUAAGGGGAAAUUGGCAACAGGACGAGAAGUAGCUGUGAAGAGGCUUUCAAAAUGUUCAGGACAAGGCACGGUGGAGUUUAAGAAUGAAUUGAUACUCAUAUAUGAACUCCAACAUACGAACCUUGUUCAGCUAUUUGGAUUUUGCAUUCAUGAAGAAGAGAAGAUGUUGAUAUAUGAGUACAUGCAGAACAAAAGCUUGGACUACUUUUUUGUUUGGUUGGGAACUCAAGCUACUUUAAUCUUAGCACAUUUCAUUUUCUCAAUUAAUUGUGUUUACAUUAUUCUCUAA